GUCUACAUGGCCGACUAUUGAGUCGAUUCCCAACGUCACAUCCCAUCCCUGGUCUACCCAUAUCUGGAUGACGACCGUGACGGCGGCUGCCGCCUAAACCUGGGGCAGGCGUAGUAGCCAGAAAAGGCAAUGGCCGCCAUGCAUCAAGGAUCAAGCCAGUGCAGCCACCACAACUCGUGCAUGUCCUCGAGGACAACGCAUGCUCGCCUCCCCUGCCUCGCCUCCACGUUCGAGCGCCGUGUCCAGUGGUUGCGUUGCACAACGGUCUAGAGGGUUUCAACGUGUCUGCAAUCUGCGCCUCCUGCACUUCAUAUCCGACUCGCAGCAUCGCCAGAUCGUCUGGUGACGACAGUCUGGGGAAGAGACGACACCUAUAGCUACCACAGUCAUGGCGGCUUCAGCUGAGCACGCCGCCCAGCUUCCCUCAACCUCCACCUUCUCUUUCAGCGCACCGUUCCCGCUACCACCGGCCACCACUGCGUCCUCCGUAUCGUCCGCGCUCAAACAACGACGGGUUUCGCUUGCUUUGCCAUCCUCGCCACGCCUGUUCCCUGCUUUCAACUUCCGUGACGACACGGGUGUCGGAGUACACUCAGGAGAGCCAUCAUCAGGUCUUGGUCCCGAGAAGAAGGGCAAGAUGCGGAGAAUCGAGAGCGACCACCCGGAGGAGGAUAUGGUCCAGAUGACUGGGCCGUCCGAGAAGAAGAUCAGGAAGAAAUGGACAACGGAAGAGACUCAGAUGCUUGUUGACGGUUGCAACAAGUGGGGUGUCGGUAACUGGAAGUCGAUUCUCAAUGACCCUCUGUUCAAGUUCGACGGACGCUCGCCUGUGGACCUAAAAGACAGGUUCCGCACAUACUUCCCCGAUGCGUACAAACAACACUAUCCGAAUGCGAAGACGCACCUAUCCUCCAAGGUCCGUGCCGCUCUGCCUGACGGUGGCUCUAUCUUCGAGAAGACACGCAGCAAGAAGCGGAGGCCCUUUACGGAAGAGGAGGAUCGCGCUCUCAAAGCUGGCUAUGACAAGCAUGGCACUAUAUGGGCCACCAUUGUGAAGGACCCUAUUUUCCAGGAGCAGAACCGGCGGUCGACCGACCUUCGGGACCGCUUCCGGAACGCGUUUCCGGACCUAUAUGAGGCAGCGGGCUACAAGCCUCGUGCCUCGGCGAAGAAGAAGAGAGGGGACAUGCUCCAGCCCGUGCGGGCAGCGACUGAUGACCAGCUUUCGUCAGCUAGUUCGACCGGUCCCAUCAGGAAGAGGCGACAUACGACUCAGGGCUUGUUCCGCGGGGGAACGAAGAGUGUACCGGAGAGCACGACUUGUUCGGAGGAUGAGGACAGCUCGGACGGAGAGGACGAGAUGCCGAACACAGCCACGCAGGAAGGUCUUCGCACGUCGCCGCCGGAGGAAGUAGCCUCGGUCUCUGCGACCGAGGGUUAUCCAGGCGAAGUCGAUAUGCAAGCUGAUACUUUGGCGGAUUCGUCGUCCAUCCAAGACUACCUUCCGGGCUCCUCGCUAUCGGAAAUCACAGACUCUUCGCAGUCGCAGGCGUGGGCGUCUGGGCUCGACACACCUCUGCAUUCAGGCCCGUGGUCCUCCGCGACCAAUGCGGCAUCACCGACAUCCUCCCAUCUCUCAUCCGACUAUUUCGUCACCCAAUCUCCUUUCCAACGGAGGCCAGAUGGUGCGCAUAUCAUGAUCGGCAAGUCUGCAUGGGGCCCGCAAGACUGGCUCUCAGCCAACCCACGUCUCGACCCGAGCAGCGACUCGUCCUUCCUCGGCGGGGUUUCUCCUACUCCUUCGUCUCCCUUCUCCUUCGCGCAUCUCAAUCACGGCGUGCUCGACCGCUAUGAUCUAUUCCCGCCGUCAGUCGCCCACGACUUCGCGUCCGAAGCUGGCAUAGGCGAUACACACUCGACCUUCUCAGACCCAGAUAUGUUCCCCACCAAUAAUUUCCGCGGCUUCACGCAUCACUCGAAUUACGCCGGUGAUCUGAUUUUUGGUGCGCGCUCACACCAGCCACAGCAACCGUUCGACUACGGCCUCGGCUUCGGCUUCGGUGGCGCUGGCCUGGGGCUUUCGGGCAUGCAGCAACCGCACGGGAUUCCUAUGCAUGCGCAUACCCCUGCGCUUCCGGGCAUCGAUGAGAUUGAGCUGACGUCGAUCACUCUGAACGACCAGAGUGACAUCUCGGCGCCGAUGGACACCGCUGAGAUGGCCAUCCCGAAGGACUCUUCGUCGGCCAUGGACCUCGGCGCGUUUGGUCUGCCCUCACAAACACUCGACGAGAUUGUGGGCCUAUCGCUUCCGCAGGAGUUCAACGUGACGCCACCGGGCACGCCGCAGACGACGUCGCGGUCCAUCCGCUCGCACGCCAAUGCGCACUAUAGCGCGUCUCACAACCGCUCUGUGUCUGUGCCUCCGACCGAGCAUCGCGCGGUGAUGCCUCGAGCGCCACAGACCCAGCUGCUGAAGUCCAGGCCUCUGCAGCCGCCUCCACGGUCGACUUCGUUCAUGGAUGUGUUGUCCGUCCAGGGACCUGAGGUUGAUGACAUGACUCUCCAGCAGGCACAAGCCUACCAGCCAGGGGCGCCCUAUCAGCCUGAUGGGUGGCGGCCUCAAGGGGACAUGUACGACCUGCCCUUCCUGGACCUACACUACUACACGUCAUCUAACCACAACCCUGCCAUCGCUGGACUGGAGGGCGGCGGUCCUACGCCAGGUGGUUCGAAGCCCGACGUGGACAUUGCCCGUCAAGGCCAGGCGCUGGAUCUGGCGGAGACGUAUGCGUCCACGAGAGCAUUGGGCAUGAUGCCCUCGCUCACCCAGCAGAUGUCGCUGAUGUCUCAUGGCGUGGCGAGCACACCUCCCGUGGCCGGCCGGAUGAUCCCUAUGCACCACCGCGGCCAGAGUGCGGUCUCCCCGCAGGACCUUCUGCUCCGGAAGAGCAACGAUAAUAAGCGGAAGCGGUCCAGCUGGGAUGGCGGCGUCCACUGAUGAUAUCUGACAUGCCUGGUGAUCUGUCGUGGCUCGUCUCUGGUUCUGGGGCCGACAUGGCGUGUGCCGUAGCUAUUGAUAGGGACUUCGCAUGUACUCACGCGUCUGUUCGUUACUUCGCUGACUUUGACCGACUCGGUAUCACUUUGGAUUAUCUGUUUCCUGUUGUCAUCGCAGUUCCGAGCCAUUAUCAUACUACCCUUCGUACUGUACUUGGGCGCUGCUCGUAUAGUCACCGUUCAAUGAUCCCUGGAUGCUCAUUCAU